AUGCUAUCAGACGUGAAGAACGUUGUGUCCACCCUGUUUACCCACAAACACGCACCAGCGAAAUCAAGCGAACCCUUAUCAGUCGCACAUCCGGAGAAACAAGCUGAUCAUGAGGCACCAACUGGUAGGCGAUAUACCUAUGCAGCGCCCAAGCCAACGCCCAUCCAACCUAGUACCGAAGAAGAAAACCAGGCGGCCAGCCGUGGUAUUCCCAUCCGUGGGAUCAGCAGUCGCGGCUCGGGCCAAGGCAUGAUUUAUGCAAGUCCAGACGGAAGGAUUUCCAUGCAUGCCGAGCCCACUGCGGAACCCAUUACUCGCAUCUCUCCGCCUCAUUCCCCUCCUGCUAGUCCACGCAAGGCCAGCGAGCCGCCAGUGGAGGCGCCUGUCGAAUCCGAGUCACAUCCUACACCAAGCAGCCCUACUGCAAAGCAUACAAAAGUUCCAUUGAAAGACAAGGUCAUGGGCGAAUUCAAGAUCAUUUCUGGAAAGGUUUCUAGGGACGGAACUAAGGUCGAGGAAGGGAUUGCCCUCAAGACCGGUCAUGGUCAUCCUGAGCCUGUCGAAACUGAGAGGCAUUGA